CUCAACGUGUCCGGAAAGGUGUGCGCUCCGGGGACAGCGCGGGCAUCUCAAAGCGAAAGGGGAAGUAAGUGCGGAGGAGCUGUCGGCACCUGCAGGAUGUUGGAUCCGUCUUCCAGCGAGGAAGAGUCGGACGAGUUGCUGGAGGAGGAGAGGAGAGACGUGCUGGUGGUCUCUGCUCCUCACCGGACUGUGCAUGCUGCCCCCCGAGAUGCCAGAGACGCUGCUGCCCGCUCCACCCUGGCCAGACCUGCCAGCCCCAGCCCGUCCAUCAGCAGUGAGGGCAGAGAAGAGCAGGAGCGGGCGCAGAGGGAGGAGAGGGAGCGCAGGAGCCGCUUGCAGCUCUAUGUCUUCGUUAUGAGGUGCAUUGCUUACCCGUUCAAUGCCAAGCAGCCCACGGACAUGACCAGGAGGCAGCAGAAGCUUAACAAGCAGCAGCUACAGACAAUACGAGAGAGAUUCCAGUCUUUCCUUAAAGGUGACACACAAAUAGUGGCUGAUGAAGCUUUUAUAAAUGCUGUCAAAAGUUACUACGAGGUGUUCUUGAAAAGUGAUCGAGUCGCCAGAAUGGUGAACAAUGGAGGCUGCUCUUCAAAUGACUUUCGGGAAGUAUUUAAAAAGAACAUUGAAAAAAGAGUUCGAAGUUUACCAGAGAUUGAUGGGCUAAGCAAAGAAACGGUUUUAAGUUCAUGGAUUGCUAAAUAUGAUGCCAUUUAUAGAGGGGAGGAAGAUCUACGCAAACAGCCGAACAGGAUGGCUCUUAGUGCUGUAUCAGAACUUAUACUUAGCAAAGAACAACUUUAUGAAAUGUUUCAACAGAUAUUAGGAAUAAAAAAAUUGGAGCACCAGUUAUUGUACAAUGCCUGCCAGCUGGAUAAUGCAGAUGAACAAGCAGCCCAGAUACGUCGCGAACUUGAUGGGCGUCUACAAGUAGCCGAUCAAAUGGCAAAGGAGAAGAUAUUUCCAAAGUUUUUAACAAAGGAAAUGGAAGGAAUGUUUAUAGAAGAGCUGCAUGCUUCAGUCAAUUUACUAAUGGCCAACCUAGAAAGUCUUCCAGUGUCUAAAGGUGGUCCUGAGUUUAAACUACAAAAGUUAAAGCGCUCACAGAAUAAUGCUUUUCUAGACAUUGGAGACGAAAGUGAAGUUCAGCUGGCAAAAUCUGAUGUUGUCCUGUCUUUUACAUUGGAGAUCGUUAUCAUGGAAGUUCAGGGCCUGAAAUCAGUUGCUCCAAACAGAAUUGUAUACUGUACAAUGGAAGUUGAGGGUGGUGAAAAACUCCAGACAGAUCAAGCGGAAGCCUCAAGACCUCAAUGGGGAACUCAAGGGGAUUUUACAACCACUCACCCUAGACCAAUUGUUAAAGUCAAGCUCUUCACAGAAAGUACUGGUGUUCUGGCUCUGGAAGAUAAAGAACUUGGCAAAGUAAUUCUUACACCAACACCUAAUAGUACAAAAAUGCCAGAACUGCACAAAAUGACUGUUCCCAAACACAGCCAAGACACUGAUCUAAAGAUUAAACUGGCAGUAAGGACGGACAAACCACCACAUAUGAAACAUAGUGGGUAUUUAUAUGCUGUGGGUCAAAAGGUGUGGAAAAGAUGGAAGAAACGUUACUUUGUCCUUGUUCAGGUAAGCCAAUACACAUUUGCAAUGUGUAGCUACAGAGAAAAGAAAGCAGAACCCCAAGAACUGAUGCAGCUGGAGGGAUACACAGUGGAUUACACAGAUCCUCAGUCAGGUCUCCAGGGAGGUCGGUGGUUUUUCAAUGCAGUUAAAGAAGGGGACACAGUAAUCUUUGCCAGUGAUGAUGAGCAAGACAGAGUACUGUGGGUACAAGCAAUAUACAGAGCAACAGGUCAAUCUUAUAAGCCCAUUGCUUCAAAUCACGCACUGAAAUCAAAUAUCAGAGGAAUAAAUGCUCACAUGGAGCCAUCUCAACCAAAUACAGAUCGUGGACAAAGGCAUGGAAUGGAUGAGUUUAUUUCUGCUAAUCCCUGCAGAUAUGAUCAUGCCUCUCUCUUUAAAGUACUUCAGAAACAAACAUUGGAACAUAGAUUAAAUGAUUCCUAUUCUUGUCUGGGUUGGUUCAGUCCUGGUCAAGUGUUUGUACUAGAUGAAUACUGUGCGCGAUAUGGUGUACGUGGCUGCCAUCGUCAUCUUUGCUAUCUUAAAGAACUGAUUGACCACGCUGAGACAGGGUCUGUGAUAGAUCCAACACUGCUUCAUUACAGCUUUGCAUUCUGUGCUUCUCAUGUUCAUGGAAACAGACCUGAUGGAAUUGGGACUGUUACAGUUGAGGAACAAGAUCAGUUUGACGAGGUUAAAGAGCGUCUUGCUGUGCUUUUAGAGAAUCAAAUAAGCCACUUUAGGUACUGUUUCCCUUUUGGAAGACCAGAAGGAGCUCUGAAGGCCACAUUGUCUUUACUAGAACGGGUUUUGAUGAAAGACAUUGCGACUCCCAUACCUGCUGAUGAAGUUAAGAAAGUUGUCAGAAGAUGCCUUGAGAAAGCUGCCUUGAUCAAUUAUACCAGACUUACAGAAUAUGCCAAAAUUGAAGAGACUAUGAAUCAAGAUGACCCUUCAAAGAAAUUACGUGAUGUUCUUCACCUAGCAGAGCUGUGUAUUGAAGUGCUUCAGCAGAAUGAGGAGCAUCACUCAGAGGCAUUUUCCUGGUGGCCAGAUCUAUUGGCAGAACAUGCUGAGAUAUUUUGGUCCCUCUUCUCGGUUGAUAUGAACUUUGCACUAGAAGCACAGCCACAAGACUCUUGGGAAAGCUUUCCUCUUUUCCAGCUGCUGAAUAACUUCCUCAGGACUGACUCUCUUUUAUGCAAUGGAAAAUUUCAUAAGCAUAUUCAAGAGUCUUUUGUGCCUCUAGUCAUCCGUUACAUCGACCUCAUGGAGUCUUCAAUUGCACAGUCUAUUCACAAGGGGUUCGAACAAGAAACUUGGCAACCGGUGAAAAGUAUCACCAACAGCCUUCCUAGUGUACCUCUUCCAAAAGUUCCAAGCUUGACUCUUAACCUUCCACAGAUACCUAGUUUUUCAGCACCAUCCUGGAUGACAUCAUUAUACGAGUCCACGAAUGGUUCAGCAACUUCAGAAGAUUUAUUCUGGAAAUUGGAUGCUCUACAAGAUUUUAUAUAUGAUCUUCACUGGCCGGAAACAGAAUUUGCCAACCAUCUAGAGCAACGACUGAAACUCAUGGCAAGUGAUAUGAUAGAAGCCUGUGUUAAAAGGACAAGGACUGCGUUUGAAGCUAAACUACAAAGAACAAGUAAAUCUACAGACCUGCGUAUUCCUGCCUCAGUAUGUACAAUGUUUAAUGUCUUGGUGGAUGCCAAAAAGCAGGUCUCUAAGCUCUGUGUCCUUGAUGGUGGCCAAGAGUUUUCUAAACAAUGGCAACAGUACCAUUCCAAAAUCGAUGACUUAAUUGAAGAAACUGUUAAAGAAAUAAUUUCGCUUUUGGUUUCUAAGUUUGUUUCAGUGCUUGAAGGAGUUUUUUCAAAGUUGGCAAGAUAUGAUGAAGGGACUUUGUUUUCAUCAAUCCUUUCUUUCACUGUAAAAGCUGCCUCGAAAUAUGUGGAAGUACCAAAGCCUGGGAUGGACCUUGCAGAUACUUACAUAACAUUUGUGCGGCAAAAUCAAGAUAUCCUGCGGGAAAAGGUCAAUGAGGAAAUUUACAUAGAAAAGUUAUUUGAUCUAUGGUAUAGCAGCUCUGUUAAAGUCAUAUGUGUGUGGCUGGCAGACAGAUUAGACCUUCAGCUCCAUGUGUAUCAGUUAAAAACCAUCAUCAAGAUUGUGAAGAAAAUCUACAGAGACUUCAGGCUGCAGGGAGUGCUGGAUGGCACAUUAAAUAAUAAGACAUAUGAGACUAUUCACAACCGUUUAACUAUGGAAGAGGCUACAAUGGCUGUGUCUGAUAGGGGAGGACUCCAGGGAAUUUCAAUGAAGGACAGUGAUGAUGAAGAAGAGUGACUGCUUAAUAUUUCCUUUUUCAUCCCAGCCUGUUUACUUGUAUAUGUACAUAUUUUAUCUUAUACAAAGUCCCAGUUGUUUCCACCUGUUCAUAGAUAUGUCCAGUUUCCAGUGCAAUUUAAUAGCCAAGGAAUUUUAGUAUUGAUAAGAUAGUGGGACAUUGUUGUAAUGAUGUAGGGUUAGUGUCAUACAGAUCACAAUUUUAUGUCUUUGAUAGAAUCUUCCCCGGCAAAAUUUGCCAGGAGACUUAGCUGAAAAGCUCAAAAAAGAUACAAAUAUAUUAUUACAUCUACAUGAAGUCCUAGCAAUUACUCUGCACUGUGUUUCUGGCAUUUUCACAGGAGAAUUUGGGACAUUUUAGUAUCCUUGUGGUCAUACUUCAAGUACCUCAUUGUUCAGACCGUGUAACAUGAAAAUAUAUACUUAUAUCUUGCAAUUCCAUCAACCCAUUGGUUCUGAUCAUUUUGUAUCUAUAUA